AUGUGUGCUAAUAUUUGCACAAAGCGGGAUUUAAAAGACCUUUGUGAGGUCGAGGAUUAUGAAACUGGUGCAUUCAUCCGAUCAACCUUUACCUACGUCGAUGAACAGGAUAUUGCAUGGUUCGGUCGGACAGCGGAUAAACGAAAGUAUCAUUUGACCGUUGAAGACCUGAAUCGUCUCUUGCAAGAAAUCUCCGACGAGAAAAUCUAUCCACUGAAAAACUCGUCCAUCUCCAUGGCGAAGCUUCUGCCGCAAAUAACUCUUGAGGAAGCGAAGGUCUUGGAGUUUCUCAAACAACACCCUCAUCCAAAUAUCGUCAAAUAUCACGGCUGUACCGUUAAUCGCGGUUAUAUAACCGGAAUUGCCCUCGAAAAGUACGAAAUCAUCUUGCAAUACCGCUUUGAGGACGUUCCACACGAUCUCGAUAUUGUUGCCUGCAUGGACGGCAUCCGUAAGGGAGUUAAGCACCUCCAUCUUCUUGGAUACGCUCACAAUGAUCUUAACCCAACGAAUAUUGCCAUUGAUAGCGAUGACAACCCGAUUAUUCUGGACUUUGGUUCUUGUAGAAGGUUUGGCGAGAAGCUUCUCACCGCAGGCACCUACGGUUGGAUCGAUGGAGAAUAUGCCACAUCUGCUCAACGACAUGACGAGUCCGCAAUAAAUAAAAUAGAAGCCUGGUUGAAGGAGGAGAAGAACAAAAGAGCCACCAUGGCCACUUGA